AUGAAAUUUAACUUCCGUGUUGUGAUCAGUGCCGCCAUCAUGUUGCAUGUGUGCUUGGUUUUUGUGGCUUUUCAACUGUCCUCAGGAUAUGACAAUAUUGCUUUUCGAAAACCUGCGCAGCAGCAGUAUCCCUUUUGUACCUGUAAAGGGGAAUGGGGAGCGGAUCUAGCGGUGGACGGUCUCAGAUCAAACCUAUCUUCUAAUGGACGACAAUGUACAAUAUCGGCAGACGAGAAACAAACAGCUAGGUGGUGGGUGGAUCUAGGAGGUGUCUUCAGUAUACAUCACAUAACCAUAUACUACAGGACGGACAAUGUGGCCUGGGAUGAAAAAUACCAUUAUAAGGGAAGGUUUUUAGGAUUCCAUGUCUACGUAUCCAACACAACCAACAAACUAGACGGUCAUCUGUGUGUCCGUGAUACGAAUUACAAUGUAUCCACCAUACUACCCGUGGCCAACAUAAACUGUCCAGUGCACGGAAAAUAUGUUAUAUAUUACAAUGAAAGACUUCCAUGGCUUACCUAUCCUGGUGGUUAUUCUACGUACGCAUUCAAUGAACUUUGUGAAGUCGAAGUUUACGGUUGUCCUGUACCCGGUUACUACGGACCUGACUGUACUGUACCUUGUCCUGAUAACUGUAGAUACUGCCACAUAGAUACUGGAGCCUGUCAAGGAUGUAAACCUGGAUACCAGGGACAUCAGUGUGAACUACCUUGUAGUCCUCAUUAUUACGGAGAACUUUGCAAGAAGCCAUGUGGUAGCUGUAGUGCCGGGGUUACGUGUAACAACGUGGACGGAACCUGUCCAAACGGAUGCGACGUUGGUUUCUACGGAUACAAAUGCAUAACAACUUGCCCUGUUGGUUGGCAUGGGGAGAACUGCUCACAGCCGUGCGGCAACUGUUUAACCUGUGACAGGUUUAAUGGACAAUGUACAUCACCUUGCUACCCGGGCUGGAAAGGACAAUACUGUAUUGAUGUGGAAAAUUCAAUUGAACCCUACAGUUUUUAUGGAGUUCUCGCAGCUCUCUUCGUCAGUGCGAUUGUGAAUGCAGUGAUGAUUACCUAUGCGUGUAUGAGCUACAGAAAAGAACGAUUGGGAAGACACAGAGGAAAGGCAUACACAGAAGGCAAUGGUUCCCAAAGAGGAGAAGUUAACCUAUCAGUGACAUCUGAAAACGUUGGUGAACAGGCAGCAGGCACUUAUGAGGAGCUUCAAGAUAGAGCACCACCACCAAACUACGAAAACGUCACUUAAAAUCAUUGUUGAGCAGGUUCUCUUCAAUUUGGAGCUGUGGUAUGAAAAUCAAAGGAAAGAAUGGGAUUUUAAACUUUUUUUUUUUGCAAAUUGUUUAAAAACUGUCAUUAAAAAUGUGUGUAAAUAAGAAGUGCAUGGGCCGUAACGGUUAACUGAAUCUAUAAUUAGUAGGCACAUUUAUCGUAGUUUCUUCAUAAUAUUUGUCAAAGAUUGGAUGGUUGAUUGUUUUGUCUCAUCGAGGACUUCAUUUUAAUUUUCACUUAUAUUGAGACAUCACCAGCUGUAGUGGGAAGUAUCACAGGUUUAGACCUAUGCUUAGCUCUCAGAGCCGAAGCGAUGAGGGGUCUUUAACGUGCCAACACCUACCACGACAGUUACCACCGAUUCUAAGAUAAAAUUCAAAGACCAGUGAUUUUCACUUCUAAAUGCCGAACGUUUGACAAAGGAGCAAUUAUUACUUAUAUUUACGUCUGGUACUUGGUAUGGCACGAGGGGGAGGGGGUCAUGACCUACCUGGUACGAUACAAUAACUUUAUUCAAAGAUUGGCGCGAAGUGACAAUUCAAAUGUGAUGAUUAAUACCGAAACACCAUCCCAUGUAUCCCUGCGUGCAUCUCUUCUUAACUAUUUGAUUAAACAUAUCUACUUUGGAGUCGCAGCUCUCCGCACUAUUUGCAAUAGUUUUUCAAACAAAUACAUGUAGGGCAUCCUUUUCCCCCAAGCAAAAUCCUUACUAAUUAAUGAUUUUAAAAAAAAUCAAAAUUUCAGAAAUAUAAACUCAGACAUUUGUAUGAUUUAUAAAGAAAAUAUGAUUGCGACAUAUCAAGACGAAAAGCUUCAUUGUUACCAUAAAAAUAUGCUACCUAUAUAUGCUACGAUAAAUAUUGGUGUAAAUUUACUCCUCAUUCUGCACUACAACAACAACAACAACAACACAACGACUAAGAGUAAGAAUAAUUUCAGAACAUUGGAUUUUAUGACAGCAGGUGUCAUGAAGCAUAUUUAUGUGAGAAUAUCUCAGAUGAUUCAGAUUUGUUUUCGAAUUAUUUGGGCCCGUACCGUACGAAUCCAGGUUAUAAUAGGUCCUCAGUACCCCUUAUGUGUCGAUAGAGGCAACUAAAGGUAGGCGGUCUUUCGGAUGAGACCACAAAAACCGACGCCCGUGUCACAGCAGGUGUUGCACGAUAAAGAUAAAGACCCCCCCCCCCCUGCUCAAAGGUGUAAGUGGCGAGCAUAAGUAUAUAAUUUGUAACCCUUCAUCGGCAAUAGUGACGUCUCCAUAUACGUGAAAUAUUAUCAAGUCAAAUGCUAAGGAAUAUACAAUCAAUCAAUAAUUUUUAAAUCAAUCAAAACACUUAAUUAAAUUGAUAUUGUGGGGCAUAUUCAUUUUAUCAGACGAAUGUGAAUUAUCUUGGAAUCUUUUUGAAAAUAUCCAUAAGAUUAUUGAGAUAUGCACAUAGAAUAUUGUUUUGUACAUGUAUAUAUAUAUGAACGGCAAACUAACAACUUAACUUUGUGAUAAACGGGACGAUUUGAUAAUCAGUUGUUAUAAAAAAAAAUCAUGGAAUCUAUUCUUUUUAUUAAAGAU